AUGACUGGCGUCUUUCGUCGACGUAUAACUUCAGCCAAGGAUCGUCUUGAGGAGAAGACUCGAGGCAAAUCGAAGCUGUCGGGAUGGGUUCUUCCUCGGCAGACAACCAGUUUCGCAGACGAAGGCUCCUGGACAAACAUUGAUGCCGACGUUACGCCUGUGGAGCGAAGGACAUGGUCAACUUUUACUGUCAUGGGCUUUUGGUUCAGUGACGCUCUCAAUGCCCAGGGUUGGGAAGGACCAAGUUCUAUCAUCCAGCUCGGUCUAACAUGGAGAGAAGCAUUUUAUCUGACCGUCCUAGGAGCCAUAGUGGACACAGUUCCGUUAGUUCUCAACGGUGCAAUUGGGGCUCACUAUCACAUUCCUUUCCCCGUGGUAACUCGAUCAUCCUUUGGUUAUUAUUUCUCUCGAUUUGCCAUCGUCGUCCGACUCAUUACUGCACUCUUUUGGAAUGCUAUACAAACAUGGACUGGAAGCCAGGCAAUGCAGCAGGUGAUUCGUGCUAUUUGGCCAUCGUUCCUUAAUAUUCCAAACCACUUUCCCGAGAGCUCUGGUAUAACUACCUCGUUGAUGGUCUCACACUUAGUGUUCUGGUGUGUUCAGACCGCAGUGGUGCUCACGCCACCACACAAGCUCAAGUGGUUCUUCUUAUUCAAGGUCAUUGUGGUCUUGACUGCGAGUACAGCCACAGUCAUUGCCAUGACCUACAAAGCCCAUGGAGUUGUUUUCAAAAGGGCCACAAUGGCGACCAACAUCCCAGACUUCACUAGAUAUAUGAGAAACAAAAGAGGCGUCUACUGGCAAGCCCUCAUGCUCCCGGCGAUCAACCUUCUCUUGUCGGUGUUUGGUACAAUCAGCACUAGUUGCGCCAAGGUCGUAUAUGGAACCUAUAUCUGGGAUCCUCUUGAGUUGGUCUCCUAUUGGGAAGGUCCAUCCGGAAGAUGCGGCGCGUUCUUCGUUGGGCUGUGCUGGGUCGUCGCCCAGAUUGGUACCAACCUCUCAGCAAGUAUUAUUUCCGCCUCUAAUGACCUUACGAACUUAUUUCCAAAAUAUAUCAACAUCCGUCGAGGGGCUAUAUUGGUUUCUUUGAUUUCUGGAUGGAUCAUGGUUCCGUGGAAGAUCGUAUACUCGGCGGAAUCUCUGAUUACGUUUAUAUCAGCGCUUGCGAUAUUCCUCGCUCCGAUUGCCUCUAUUUUGGCCACUGACUACUGGAUAGUUAAAAAACGCAACUUUGACGUUCCAGGGCUGUACCGCAGACAUGGUCGGUAUGAAUACAAUUACGGCAUUAAUUGGCGGGCCGCCAUCGCAUUUCUCGUGGCCGUUACCCCGACGCUUCCAGGGCUGGCCAAUUCAGUGAACAGCAAUGUCAAGAUCAGCGAUGGCCUCCAACACAUGUACGACUGCAAUUAUCUUUACAGCUUUCUGAGCGGUGCCUUCGUGUACGUCACCCUUAGCAAGGUUUUCCCUGCCCCUGAGACCCUUCUUGCAUCUCCGAUAUACGAAGAUCUUGCGAUCCUAGAGUCUGUGAAGUACGUCGGUCAAGCCGCUCACAGCCAUAUGGAUAAAUUAGACGCAGAGGUGACUGAAAAGAGGGAGGAAGAGUGA